UUUAAAGCACGAAAAAAAUAAUCAGCUGCGUGUGUAGUGGUGGAAAGACCGUCAGCUGACGCGGUAAAGUUGAAAAAUAUCGGAGCAUAUUCCUUUAAACACGUAUUUGGAGAUGGAUCUCGAGCUGCUUGGGCCGAAAUAAUGACUUUCGGGCUACUUGAACCUCUCCCUCUAAAAUUUCAAAGCAACAUUUGCGUAUGUCUGUCCUUCAUUUUACGUACGAGAUCAGUUUCGGUUGAACGCUUCGAAUGUACGGAUACAAGUCCAAAUAUGUCGGAGAUUCAACCUUUCUGUAUAUUCUGUCGCAAAACAAACAGGAAUAUUAACAUUGUUCGCGGAAAAAACUGUGGAAAAAUGUACCUCUGUGUUGGAGAUUCGCCAAAAAAACAAUCUUUCGAUGCAAAAUAUCAAAGUGCCGUUAAAAUCAAACGAUUUCGAAAAAUAUCAUUCGAAGUGCUAUCGUCAGUUUACGGCUUUACCGCCAAAAUAUCGAAGAGCCGUUGAAACUCCUUCAACAUCUGCAGCGGCAAGCUCGGAAACAGACGCUCAAACAUCAGAAGCAGCUGAACAUCAAAAUAAAAACAUCGACGUGUCAUCGAACUUUGCUGAAAGCCAAAUCAUCUCACCACAUGCUUCAUCGAGUAUCGGUGAUCAAUCCGAUGUUUUGAACAGUGUUUCAAUCGAGGAAGCAGAGGAGGACGCUCAUGAUUCCACAGAACAACCAUUUUCUACCAUAAAUUGUGCCGGUCAAAUUGUCGGAACACACUCAAGUCACAGAUCACCGCACAAAGCGAAAGAAAAGAAUGGCACAAAUUACGAGAUGUCCACAAAAAAGCGUUUGAGCAAGUAUGUCGCUUUGUUUCAGAAAAUAUCGUUAAAAAAAACAAUCUUAUUCUUGCGACAGUCCAAAAAUAUUAAUUGAUUUUUAUUCGAAGUUGAUAUGUUCUACUUUUCGGCGGAAGCAUAAUUCAAAGGUAGCCAGAUUGGCUCAAUCAUUCUUCGAAGAUUUGAUUUAUGCUGUCUCUA